GUUCCUGACGCUGAGGACAAGGUUCCUGACGCUGAGUGAGGACAAGGUUCCUGACGCUGAGGACAAGAUUCCUGGCGGUGAGGACAAGGUUCCUGGCGCUGAGGACAAGGUUCCUGGCGCUGAGGACAAGGUUCCUGGCGCUGAGGACAAGGUUCCUGGCGCUGAGGACAAGGUUCCUGGCGGUGAGAACAAGGUUCCUGGCGGUGAGGACAAGGUUCCUGGCGGUGAGGACAAG